AUGCCUGUCGGUCGCUAUACAAGGUUGGAUGAGAUUGGUCGAGGAAGCUUUGCUACAGUCUACCAAGGUGUCCAUACGAAAUCACGAACCUAUGUGGCCAUCAAGUCGGUCAACCUGUCGAAACUCAACAAGAAGUUGAAAGACAAUCUCUCUUCUGAGAUUCACAUUCUCAAGGGCCUAUACCAUCCUCAUAUCGUCGCUCUCAUCGAUUGCCAUGAAACAACAUCCCAUAUCCAUCUCGUGAUGGAGUACUGCGCCCUAGGUGACCUAUCCCUCUUCAUCAAGCGACGAGAUACUCUUGGGGAUCAUAAGUAUACACGGGAUAUGAUUGCCAAGUAUCCCAAUCCUCGUGGCGGUGCUCUCAAUGAGGUUGUUGUCCGCCAUUUCCUUAAACAGCUGUCAAGUGCCCUCAAAUUCCUUCGAGAUCGAAACUUGAUCCAUCGAGAUAUCAAACCACAAAAUCUACUUCUCUGCCCAUCCCCAUCGUCUUAUCGAAGUGGCGUUGCCCAAGUGGUGCCAUUCAAGGGCAGCGACGAUUCCUUCAGCCCAGCUACAGGGUUAGAAUCGCUACCCAUGCUUAAGAUUGCGGACUUUGGGUUUGCCCGGUCCCUCCCUGCCACUUCUCUUGCUGAGACACUGUGUGGGUCGCCACUGUAUAUGGCUCCUGAGAUUCUCCGAUACGAGAAGUACGAUGCCAAAGCAGACCUCUGGUCAGUGGGAACAGUGCUCUAUGAGAUGGUGGUAGGAAAGCCUCCCUUCCGAGCAACGAACCAUGUCGAAUUACUGCGGAAGAUUGAGAAAGGAGAAGACCGAAUCAAGUUUCCUGAAGAGAGUCCGGCAUCCGGUGACAUCAAGAAACUGAUCCGGGCCCUACUCAAGCGAAACCCAGUUGAACGAAUGAACUUUGCCGAUUUCUUUAAUAGCAAUGUCAUCACAGAAACCAUCCCCGGUCUGGUUUCUGACGAUGACCCAUCGCAACGUCGUCGCUCCUCUACCGAUUUGACAACUGCACCACUACGACCCGAGUCCCGAACAGGCCAGUCCAUCCCAGCCGAACCAAAGCGGGAGAGGGAAGCUUCCUAUUCUGGAAGGCGUGAUGAAAUAGCCCCUCAGACGGUCCAGCGACCCAAUACACCACGCCAGAGGUCAGGGACUCCGCCAACCUCCACGCCCAUGCGUAGGCUAGGGAGUGUCGACAGACCUUCAUCCGCUGCCAAAGAAUUGCCGCGGGUGUCGACUCCCCCACACCGGCCCAGUGCUAUAUCUCACGCAACCGCCCCCGGACGACAGGAACUUGUGGAUCGCAAUGCCACUGUCGCUGCUAUGGAAAGACAGAGAAGUCGUAAAACCUCAUCUGGAUCUCCACAAGUCGAUAAGGUUGCAGAAACCAGCACGGAAGAGCGGGAACGUGCUGCGCAAGAGGUUGCGUUUGAAAGAGACUAUGUCGUAGUCGAGAAGCGUGCCGUUGAAGUCAACGCUUUCGCAGAUGAACUGGCACAUAGCCCUCGUUUUCAAGGCGGCUUCCCCAGAUCCGGUCAAAACGGCUCUGCGCCCCGUCGUACGGCAAUGCAAGGCUCACCUACAAACAACACAUCGCCGCAUGGAACUCCUGCCAAAGCCAUGCAAGUAAUUUCUGGGAGGUCCCGGGCCGAUUCCUCGCAUUCUCGCCAGAAUUCGUACGAACGUCGAUAUGGACAAAGCCCUACUUCAGCGACGUCGGCCAUUUCGAAGGCACUCAAUAUGGCUAGUGGACGGUUGUUCGGAGUCGGCUUCUCUCCCCCAAUGGCCAUUACGAAAGGUGGCCGCUCCCCACCAAUGGGUUAUAAUCCCUUCCCAGCUUAUCCCAUGGGCCAGGGAGGCCUCAUGAUUGUCGGGGACGGAGCCAAGACUAAUGUGGCGUUGGACGAAGAUACCAAGACUGUUCAAGUGAUUGAGGAAUGUGCUACCCGCAGUGAUGUUGUGUACGGGUUUGCUGAGGUCAAGUACAAGCAACUCAUUCCGCUGGCGCCUUCAAUGCACUCCAAUGUGCCUAGUGGCGACUCUGCCGAUCCAGCAGAUGGUGGGCUAACGGUUGACGCCAUUGUGACCCUGUCGGAAGAAGCUUUGGUUUUGUAUGUCAAAGCGCUGUCUCUACUAGCGAAGUCGAUGGAUAUCGCGGGUGCAUGGUGGUCCCGUAAGAACCGGGGGGAAGUCUUUGGCGAUUCGGCAAUGGGCAAAAACGAUGCUACUAAUGCGCUUGUGGGCAAUCGGAUCAACAACGUCGUGCAAUGGGUCCGCAGCCGAUUUAACGAGGUGCUCGAAAAGGCGGAAUUUGUCCGCCUGAAGUUGAUCGAAGGACAGAAGCGAUUGCCAGCGGAUCAUCCUAGCCACCCUAGCAACAUUUCAAUGGCUUCUGCGGGCUCGACUUCGUCUGCAGACGUGGUGGUAAGCUCUGGUGUGACAGCGGAAAAGCUGAUGUAUGAUCGCGCACUGGAGAUGAGCCGUGCGGCAGCCAUCAAUGAGCUCACGGGCGAAGACCUCCCCGGAUGUGAGAUUGCAUAUGUGACUGCCAUCCGAAUGCUGGAAGCAGUCCUGGAGGACGAGGAUCUGCGUCCGGGACAGGGCAGCAAUGCCGACAAAGGCGACACUCCACGAGAUAACGAAAAAAUUGUUCUAGACGGGGUACAAGUGGAGGAUCGCCAGGUAGUGGUGAAAUUGGUUUCCAGCAUCCGUGGUCGAUUAGCAGCCCUUCGCAAGAAGCUUGCUCUAAUGACGAAACGUGCCCCAACUCCCUCGGGCAAGCCAUCAAAUAUGGCCCCUGUCGCUCAUGCCGUGGGUGCAACGCCGCCCAAAUAA